GUGUGCUUGCCACUUAAUUUGUUAAUUGUGCCAACUGUGCCGAAACCCAGACAGCAUAGCCAUGAACAAGUUCGCUACUCUCGCGGUUCUCUUCUGCGCCUGCAUUGUGGGCAGCUGCUACGCCAACUACGGUGGCUACGGACACGGUGGCUACGGCCAGGAGAGGUCCUCUGCAUCUGGUGGUGCCGCCUCCGCUGCCAGCUCGGCUGCUUCCUCCGGCAACGAGGGUCGCAACUAUGAGCGCCCCGUAGAGAUCAUCGCCGGCGGACACCGUGGAGGCUAUGGCCAGGAGAUCCUACGUCCCAUCAACAUCGGCAGCUACGGACACGGACACGGUCGUCGUGGUCCCAGCUAUGGUGGCAACAACUACAACCGUGGCUAUGGACCCCGCUGGACCGUCCAGCCCGCUGGCGCCACCCUGCUGUAUCCCGGACAGAACAACUACCGCGCCUACGUCUCGCCCCCGGAGUACAGCAAGGUGGUCCUGCCCGUCCGUGCCGCCGAGCCGGUGGCCAAGCUGUACGUGCCCGAGCACGGAUACGGCCAGGAGUACCGCGAGCGCCCCUACGGUGGACACCGCGCCGCUUACUAGGCGGAUACUUAAUCCCAGCCAUAGGCCCACCAGGCGGUUACUUGAUAUGAGCCUGGAUGUGUACAUAAUAAACCAAGAAUGAGAAAACAUAAACAA